CCCGCUGGAUAAGCCGCACUCGUUUGCCCACGCCGACACCACUGCCACCAAUUCACCUGUUCGACCGGUUCCCGAAGCUUCGCAAUCAUGGAGCUGUCGUCCCCGCUCGCGGCCAUGCAUCCACCGCCCAUUCCUGGCCCCUGGGGCUACCGCCGAGACCUGCCACCGUCAAGACCCUUGUUCGGUGGAGCAAACACAUUUGGAUCCAAGAACUUCAACUUCAGGGAUAUGAGCAUGAAGAAGGGCAGCUCAGACUACUUCACGCUGCAGCCGCUGCGUGGUUCGUCGCCGACCACCAGUCUGGCCGCCGACAUGUCUUCGAACCUGCAUGUCGACCAGAGUCCCCAGGUUGCGACACCGCGUCGGUCGCUCUUCACUCAGAACCUCUUCCAGCCAUUGGACAAUCGGGCAGAAGGCACCACGACACCACCAUUUCGGUGGGAAGGCGUUACAACCCCACCGAUCCCAUCGUCGUCCCCCGGCUUUGCACCCGACUCGAUGGACAUCUCGCCUCUCCCCCACAAGGCACCCUUCUCGUUCGUCAGUGAUCUGAGCAUUCCGUCGCCCACCCCGGAGUCGAGAAACGAUUGCGAGGACAUGCUGUCGCCAUGCACAUUUCCACCAGCGAACCCUCUCCUGGAGGUGCCUCGGCCUGUUUCUGCAGCAGAUCGUAGGAAGUCGGCUCUGCUUCGACCUUCCCUCUCGCGUACCAAGAACUGGUCCACCAGCACAGUAUCUCUGAAGACGAAGGAGAACAAUCCAUGUCCACCUUUCAGAUUCGGGCUGGGACAGAGUGGCCUAUCGAAUUCGUCGACACCAACGCUUGACGAGUGCUUCGCUGCCUCUCCACCACAGGACCGAAAGAUGUUCGGAGGUCCGCUCAUGGGCCCACCAAAGCCCAAGCAGCCCUUCACCCUUAAUCCUACUUUUGGCCGUGGAAAUGGCUCGCCGUUAAGUGCACACAUCCGGAAACCUACUGGAGCUCCUUCUCGACGCCCCAGCAAGUUCAGGAGGUCUCUCAGCAUGUACGAAAACCCCGGGGAUAUCAUGAACCAGGACAAGGAGAGCUAUGCUUCCACUACACUCAACCCUGUGAUGGAUGUGUGUGAUGACACGCCGGCCCUCAGGCUACCUCAUUUCGUACCUGCGAACGAGCCCGACGGCAUUCCGCGUAUUUCCGAUACCACAUUAAUCAGCGUUCUUGACGGCGAGUUCAAUCAUAUCUACGACAAGACGGUCAUUGUGGAUUGCCGUUUUGAAUAUGAAUACAAGGGUGGCCACAUCGACGGGGCAAUCAACUUCUGCGAAAAGGAGCAACUUGCUGAGGAACUCUUCAAUCAAGUCUCACCACCCAAUACACUACUGAUCUUCCACUGCGAGUACUCCGCGCACCGCGCACCUCUAAUGGCCAAAGCUAUACGUGGUAGAGAUCGAGAAGUCAACAUUGAAAGCUACCCACGUCUUACCUAUCCCGAGGUAUACAUUCUCCAGGGUGGCUACAGCUCUUUCUACGAAUCGCACCGGCCCCGCUGCAUAGGGGACUACUUGCGAAUGGACGCCAAGGAGCAUGAGAGCGCUUGCGAGCGCGGCAUGAACAAACUCCGCCAGCGUACAAAACUAAACCGGGCCCAAACAUUUGCAUUUGGUCAGCAACAGUUCGGCCAGCAGUCCUGUCAGAUGGAAGACAGUCCCACUGCUCACAGCAGAUCUAAAACCGGCGGUAUCCUUCCGAUGGGAAUGGAGUCCGAUAAUUACUUUAAUCCUGGACGAUACGGGACUCGUCGAAUGGCCUCGUAUUAGGUCGACGAGACCAAUGACCCGAACAAUGCUUAUGGCGAACGGAUUUACGGAGUUAUUGAUGGAACACUUUUCCCAGAUUUCAGCAUUACGGCGUUGCGAGCAAAUUCCGGUCCUAUCCUUGCGGCGUUCAAGCGGCGACCUUUUGUUAUUGCUCAUGGAGAGCUCCUCUUGGCUUCUUGGUCUGCUUCCGGAGAAGUACUCAAUUGCUCCUGGCCCAGCGAUUGAUACC